AUGUCCUCCUCGUCCGCUCCCCCAUCUGCUACCAAACCGUCUUCCACCAUGGCAGGGACGACCACUGCUGCCCAUGCGGCCAAACAAGCUGCUGCAAAGAUGCACCGUCGUUCACGGACAGGGAUCCUGCGCUUGGACGUCUGGCUAACCCGCGCCUGUGCAGGGUGCUUUACUUGCCGCCUGCGACGCAAAAAGUGCGAUGAAGGAAAGUCGUCGUGCCGCGCAUGCAAACAUCUGGGUCUCAAGUGCGAAUACAAGAGACCCAUGUGGUGGAGCAACAAUGAGCAAAGGCGCAACCAAAAAGAGCACAUCAAGAACAUCAUCAAGCGCACAAAGCUCAACGAAAAGACCGCCCAGGGUGUCGCCAUGGUCUCCAACACACCCCCAAGUCUUUGCCAUUCCAUGCAGACUGCAGACACCUUCUCAGACGGAAUCGCCUGCACGCGCGCACAAUCCGUCGAUUCCCAAAACUCUCUCGACUACCCCUUCCACACGGAUGCCACGCCCGAAUUCUACAACGCAUCCAUGCCCCCACCCAUGUUCGCCCCUUCAUUCACACACCCUGCCCAUUUCGCGCCCUAUGAAAUCGACAUCAAGACGGAGAGCCAAAUGUUCAUCAACGAUAUCCCCACAAGGCGCGACUCCACCAUCUCAACCUACAGCCACUAUCACACGCCCCCAGCUGUCGGUCACAUGUACCCAACCGACAAUUGGAUUCAGCAAGACUACUUUGAGAGCCGCCGCGAGUCGUUCGCUGAAGAGCCUCUAGAGUAUCCCAUCUUUGACUUCCCCACCCACGGUGCGUUUAGCCCACGACACCAGCCGUCCAUCCAGGUGGACGAGUGCGAUCAACAUCUCCUGAGCCACUUCCUCGACAACAUCAUGCCAUCCAUCUUCCCUGUUCUUGAAACGAAUCAACCCGGUGCUGCGCGUGGAGAGGUCAUCAUUCCUGCACUAGAGUCUAACAAGGCCUAUCUGCACUGCUGCAUGAGCGUCUCUGCCCUACAGAUGAAGACUACUCAGGGACUACAGGGACCAGAGAUUGACCAAGACAUCUACCGAAACCGCUAUGCUGCGGUUCAGCAGCUCACAGAGUCUCUGAGCAGUGACAGUGCUCAUGCGCAGACCCUAGAGGCCACACUAGGCAUGAUCUUUUUCCCAUGCUCGGUCGGUCGCGCUGACGACGGUCUGGUCGACAUUCCAUGGCACCAGCACUUCCAAGCCGUCCAAAGCCUGGUCCAUCAGCUUGAACUUCCCGCUCAAAUGGUCGCCAUGAACGGACAGCCCCACGCCCAGCCUCCCUUCAACAUGACGCUUGCUUCGUGGAUCGACAUUCUCGGUGCUACCAUGCUGGGCAAGACGCCAUCCUUUGCUGAUACCUACCGAGAGAAGCUCAUUGCUGAUGCGUCUUCUGGUCUCGCUGAGCUCAUGGGCUGCGAAGACCGCAUCAUGUACUUGAUCUCGGAAAUCGCAUGUCUCGAAGCACUCAAGAAUGAGAACAUGGACAUUGUUCAACUCUGCGCGCACAUCAAACUUCUCGGAGAACAAAUCAGUCUGACUGAGCCACCCCAGGGAUCGCUCAACAGCGCGUACAGCUCGACUGGCGAGAUCUUGCCCAGGCAGCUUCGCAGGAACAUGACUGCUGUCUACCGCCUGGCCGCUCGCAUCUACCUCUGUAGUCUCGUUCCCGACUUUGACCGCACCUCGCCCUCAUUUGUCAACCUCGUCGGCGCUCUCUGCAAGGCCAUGGAAUACAUUCCGGCAGGACCAGAUGGCUUCGACCGCUCUCUCGUCUGGCCCCUUCUCGUAGCUGGAUCCAUUUCUCUACCCGGAUCCAGCUUCCGCAGCAUGUUUGCCGAGCGCUCAGCUCACCUCGGCGACGCCGCCAACUUUGGUUCUUUUGGAAAAGUCAGGGACCUACUGAAUCAGGUAUGGCUGGUCAACGACGACAACCUCGCAAAGGGCAACACUCAGAGUAUCCACUGGCGGGAUAUGAUGCGCCAGAAGGGCUGGGACUUUUUGUUGAUUUGA